AUGACCCAAGUAGACACAAUGGAGACAGCCCCACAAGACGAGUACGAGGACAUGGCAGGUGGUCCUGGUGCACCACUUCCAAUCACACAGCUUGUGGGCGUAGCAGGCUUAACCGAGAGAGAUAUCAAACUGGUGGUCGAAGGCGGAUAUCAUACGGUUGAGGCAAUUGCAUACACCCCACGACGUCAGCUGGAGCAGAUCAAGGGUAUAUCAGAAGCCAAAGCUACCAAAAUACUGAAUGAAGCUAUGAAACUAGUGCCUAUGGGGUUCACCACAGCGACCGAAAUGCACGCGCGACGAAGCGAUCUCAUCUCCAUCACUACAGGAUCGAAAAACCUCGAUCGAUUGCUUGGAGGUGGCAUUGAGACAGGUUCCAUCACUGAGAUCUUUGGAGAGUUUAGAACGGGUAAGAGUCAGAUUUGUCACACAAUGGCGGUUACCUGUCAACUCCCCUUCGACAUGGGAGGCGGUGAAGGGAAGUGUCUGUACAUUGAUACCGAGGGAACUUUUCGACCGGUCCGACUUCUAUCUGUGGCCAAUCGAUAUGGAUUGGAAGGCGAAGAGGUGUUGGACAAUGUUGCGUAUGCCAGGGCGUACAACUCGGAACAUCAGCUUCAGCUUUUGCAGCAGGCGGCCCAAAUGAUGUGCGAGACAAGAUUCUCACUUCUUAUUGUCGACUCGGCGACGUCCCUAUACCGAACGGAUUACAAUGGACGAGGUGAAUUAUCAUCACGGCAGUCACACAUGGCCAAGUUCCUACGAAUGCUUCAGCGCCUCGCAGAUGAGUUUGGAAUUGCAGUGGUCAUCACCAAUCAAGUCGUGGCACAGGUGGAUGGCGGACCGAGUGCCAUGUUCAACCCGGACCCGAAGAAACCGAUUGGCGGUAACAUCAUUGCUCACGCAAGUACUACACGACUGAGCUUGAAGAAGGGCCGAGGAGAGACGCGAAUCUGCAAGAUUUACGACAGCCCAUGCCUGCCAGAGAGUGAUACGCUGUUUGCGAUUUAUGAACAUGGCAUUGGUGAUCCCCAGCCCAAGGACGACAAAGAAAAAGAAUGA